AUGUCAACCAGCAUUAGUGAUUAUUCAUAUGCCAAUUCUUUUCGUUUAUCAGAGGGCAACAAGAACGGCGGCCCUCUAUGUCAUUGUGGUCGAAAGACCUCGUUAACUAAAUCCUGGUCUGAUGACAAUCCCGGUCGGCUAUACUUCCGAUGUGAGGUUCAUACUUUCGUUGCUUGGUCAGACGAGGAGAAAGCAUGCAUGUGGCAGAAGGCAAGCUUAUUGGAGGCUCGAGACAUAAUGCGCCGCCAACGAGAUGAAAUUCGACAGCUGAAAGCAGCAAACGCUAAACUCCUCCGGGAUUGGAAUAGUGUUCAGGAGAGUCAAGUCCGCUUUGACGACGACGUUCCUGCUGUCGAUCCCGAUAAGAAUCUGGAGGUCGAAUUGAUAAAGGCGGCUGCGAGGGAGAAAAUGAUCCGCCACUGUUUGUCAAUCUCCUGGGUUGGUUUUAUAGUUGCAACAGCAAUCAUUGCAUCUCGUUGUUUCAAGUAA